UCUUCCGUAAUUAAAAAUCCAUCAAAAUCUUCUGCGGCGAUAAACAAGGAACAACGUAUAUAAAAAAUUAUGUUGCGUUACAGUUAUGCAUUUUAACUUACGCCCGAAAGAAAGAUAUAAUUUUGUCUUCCUUACUUCUGUCUACUUUCGGUUGUGAGUAUCGUAAUUCAUGUUCCAAACUAAUCAGUUUAUUGAAGAAAAAAAAACAUAAAUAAACUGAAAAGUAUUUUGGAUUCAAGAAAAAAACGAUUUUUUUUUUCAAUUGGUUAUGUGAGCGAGACAGCUGCAAUUUUUCAUAAGGAAGCCGGGGAAUCCAAAACUUUUAAUGAAUAGAAGAAAUCAAUUUGACAAAAAGAAAAAUGGCUACUGGAGUAAUCUAUGAAUUUCUUUUUGAUCAUAAUGUAUUUGAUCACAUAUUAAUAAGUCAUUCAAUCUAUCCACUUUCCAUCGCUGUCUCGUAUGUCUUGUUCACUAAAUAUUUGGGUCCUUCUCUUAUGAGAAACAAGAAUGGUCUACAGUUGAAAAACUUCAUGAUUGGAUUCAAUUUAUUUCUCUGCCUUCUAAACACAUAUUUAUCUUGGACGGGCACCUCUCAACUGGUCAGAUUUUUCUAUAUGAACUGCAGAUUAAAAGAAAGUCCUGAUUACAAUAUAUUCAAAGAGGCAUUGCAACUUUAUGGAUGGCACAUAUACUUAGUGAAAUUUUUUGAACUGUUUGAUACGGUAAUCUUUGUUCUCCGAAAAAAAUUCAGUCAGAUAACAUUUCUCCACGUAUUUCAUCACAGCAUUGUAUUUUUAAUAUGUUGGAUCUCCAUGAGAAUACAAGUAGUUGGUAUAGUAUUUUUGCUUCUUCUCUUUUAGUUGAA